CAGACAGUUUACUAAUCCGUUUCCAGUGAAGACGACGCAAAUCACACCACUCGCUGAAUAGGACGAGCUAAUAACUCGUUAUUAUAUGAUUUUUUUUAUUUAAACGUUUUUCUCCUGCUCUUGUUGCUUUCCCUUGUCCAAGCAAGGAGUGUAAGAUUUAGAACAAGAGGAUUGGGGCAUUUUCUUUUAUUAUUAUUAUUUUUAUCAUGACAAUAAAGCAUAGCAUAUAUAGGAGGCCAUUUGUUCAAGCCAUAUCGCCUUGUGUAACUGUCAUCUCGUUUUGUGUGCAGAGAAAUGAGAGAGUCUUACAAACCAUCUAAGAAUACAGCAUAUUUACGGAUACUUUGAAUGACAAGAUUUGAUUUUUAAAAUUUGUGCAAGUGUCAUUAAGCAUGAUGGGAUCAGAUCACUGCAGAAAGGAGAACUCAUUGCAGGAGAACUGCAUUUUCUGUUACCUUCUCAGUAGAUGUUGUUCUUGGGUCUGAAAUGCCAUCCAUCCAGCCAUCCAUCUUCUAUACUGCUUAUCCUACACAGGGUCGCGGAGGCUAUCCCAGGCACAAGGUGGGGGACAUCCUGGACGGGGUGGGAUUCAAACCCCCAUCCCGCGAGGCAACAGUGCUAACCAGUGAGCCACCGGGACCUGAAAUGAUUUGUAUCCAAAUCCUUUUCCAAACUGCAGGAGUCCCAGUACAGAUUCUGAGCCUCCCUCAUUUUUUUGGAAAAUUUUGUUCCCUAUGGUCCUUUGGGAUGUGUUCGGUGCUCACAGGAACAUUAGUACCAGAUGAUCUAGUAAAUGCAUGCAGACUAAAGUCUAAAGUGCAGAUGCACUAAAGUGACUCAUGCUAGGGUAAAAACAACUUCUGAGUCUUUCUGUGUAGACCAUGACUUCCAGCACAAGCUUAUUAACCAGGCACCACUGAGCUAGGUUAUCCACCUGCUUCAAGGAAGCCUGCUCAUCACUGCCCAUGAUCAGACCGACCACAACUGUGUCAUCAGCAAAUUUGGUGAUGGAGUUGGAGCUGUUGGUGGCCACACAAUCAUGGGUGUAGAUGGAGACCAGCAAGGGGCUCAGGACACAGCCUUGGGGGUGUUGAUGUUGAGGGUGAAUGUACCAGUUUAACCACCUGCGGUCAGCUGCUGAGGAAGAUGUGAAGCCAUUUGCAGACUGAGUUGUUCUGCCCAAUGGAUCUCAUCGUUGAGGGGAACAGUGAUACUGAAAGCCAAGCUGGAGUAGAUGAAGAGCAGUCUCACAUAGUUCCCUCUCCUCAUGUCUGUGUGGGAUAAGGGCGCUAACAGUUUUGGGCAGCUGGGGCUAAAGAAUGCUGAAGAUCAGGUGAAGCCGCAGUGUGCAGAGUAUGGACAGGAAGCGAGAACAUUACGGGCCAUCACAGGCGGAGGAGGACAUUCAGCGCUCAUCACUGAGUCUGGGGAGCUGCUGGUAUGUGGACAGAACCACAAAGGUCAGCUUGGACUUGGCCAUGUAUCAGAGGUCAUGACCUUUCAGCUUUGCCAGUUGCCUGGCAGCAGGACUGUUCAGCAAGUGUCAUGUGGCUGGGACUUCACCAUCAUUCUUACAGAUGAUGGACAUGUCUUGGCAUGUGGCUCCAAUGCUUUUGGUCAGCUGGGCAUCUCACCGCAGACACAAUACACGGCGCAGCCUCUGCUAAUCACGUCUUUAAGGGAACCUGUCAUCAGUGUAGCAGCAGGGCUUAGACAUGCACUCGCAGUAACAGGUUCAGGUGGUGUGUAUCAGUGGGGUACAGGUCUGUUAAGUCAAGCGAAACGAACACUGAAUCCUCAGCCUGUCCCAGCCCACCUCAGUUCCAAGGAGCCCUGCUUGGUCACAGGGCUGGACCAGGAACCUGCCAAGUGUGUGACUGCAGGCUCUGCACACUGUGCCUGCUUGACAGUGUCUGGUGAGGUGUUCCUGUGGGGCAGUAAUAAACACGGCCAGCUGUGUAGAAAAGAGACUUUCCUACCUCUGCCUACAGCUUUAGACCGGUCACUAUUAAAUGGAGAAAGAGUUUCAGCUAUACACAGUGGCUGGACACACCUGAUCGCCCAGACAGAGAGUGGCAGAGUCCUUACAUGGGGAAGAGCCAGUUAUGGACAGCUUGGGAGACAAGUGACAACCAAUGACAGUACAGAAUCAAGUCUUCCUUCUGAGGUCAGGACACUUCAUGGAGCCAGUCAGAUUGCAUGUGGCUCGGAGCACAACCUCGCCAUCGUAGGGAAUCAGGUCUUUUCCUGGGGUUGGAAUGAGCAUGGAAUGUGUGGAGAUGGUUCUCUUUGUGAUGUCAUCCAACCGCAGCCAAUCCCUGAUCUCCAAAAUGCCAAAGCUCUCCUGAUUGGCUGUGGAGCAGGACACUCCUUGGCACUUUGUUGUUUGAAGAACAGUGAAGAUACAGGAAGCUGAACAGUAUUUCAAAAGUCUGCUGAAGUGCUGGAGUGGCGACACUCAAAUGACUGAGCGUCUUCUAUUAACUUCAUCAUUUUCUCAUAUUCACAUACUGUACCCACUGUGAUUUAUAUUACUACAGCAGCCCAGGAUUACCUUUUCCCAGGAAACACUUCGGAAAGCCAGAAAUGAUGUCAUCUCUUCGAUCUACCACUGUUGAUCUAUUUUCUACUUGAUGAACAGUUUUGUAUGCAACCAAUUUUGUAUUAAAGGUACUCCAGUCACCAAAUACCAUAGAUAGAUAUAUUAUCUGAGAGAUUUUUUUUAUCUUGAUAAACAAUCAUAUUAAAUGUCAUCAUAUUUACAUGAAAAAUGUCAUUUAAAAAUCUUCAAAAAGAUAAAAUUCAUUUAAAACACCUUUCACCUGAAUUUGUGUUUGCCUUGAUAAUAAAUGACAUGAAAUGUGAAUAAUGAAGUCUCUAGUAUAGCUAUAUUAUGUAUGUAAUCUGCUACUGCACAAUUCAAUUUUAUUUGUAUAGCACUUUUAACAGAAUUUACAGAAAUCUGAUUGUAGAUUUGAGAUCCCUAAAAAGCAAGCCAGAGACGGUAGUGGUAAGAAAAAACUCCCUGAGAAAGAAACCUUGAAAGGAGUGAAACUCAACCCAGUCUCACUGGAUAGUGGGAUUAUAAAUCAUUACAGCACACAGUUGUAGAAGAGUAAAGUCAAUAUGCACUAAGCGUGGUGAAAGAUGUCCAGUAUGAGCAGAUUGUGAAUAAGACUUCUGGGAUAAGCACAGGAUAGUUGUUAUGAUUACAGCAGCAGUUCUUAGGUACAAAUCUCCAGUAUCUAUCUAAAGCAAGGAUGAGACUUGGACAUAAACUGUUUUGGGGAAGUGCAAAUCGUCACGGCUACUCACAUUCCAGGAAAUACCAUGUACCGUUAUGCAUAUCUUGUGACUCAGCUAGAGUUCAUUUGUAAAAAUACAAGGAUUGUACAAGGAUCACAUAUCUGGCAUAUUGAUUUCAUCCAAGCUUUUUUUUGUUCCAGGCUCCACGUGGUAUUGAACAUUUCAUAGCUGUGUUAGUGAUAAUUAACUGUGAUAAAAAUGAUACUGAAAUAAAAACUCAUCCACUAUA